AUGGCGCGCCGCCCCAGCAGCCUCCUCGCGCGAGCCGGAGCCGCCGGCGGUGGCGCCCUUGCCGCGGCGGCCUUCGAGUGCGGGUCGGACGUGGACCUCGGCGCGAACGCCUCGAUUCUCGGCAGGAAAGGGGUCAACAUCGACGACUCGACCAUGCAGUGGUGCACCUCGCAGAUCGCCGACGUCUGGCCGAACGUCGCCGGCUCCCACUUGUCGUCGAUCCGCCUGUUCAAGGCUUGGGACGUCGCCUGGGACCCAGGCGAGAGGAUCAACGCCUGGGCGGGCCUCCUGCGCUAUGUGGAGCAGGAGGAUGCCAAGGUCCUGCUGGGCACCCCGAUCACGUGCAACGAGACGAGCGACAGCCAGGCCUGGGAGUGGGCGAAAGAGCUCGCCGGGCUCCUGGGCCCGCGCCACAUCAUGGGGCUCGCCAUCGGGAACGAGCUCGAGCUCCUGCAGUUCAAGAGCGAGGAGCACGUGCCAGAGGGCUGCGUGGAUUGGGUUUUCAGCCCAGGCGCCACGGAGGACGGGUAUCCUGGGGCGCUGCCGCGCCCAGCCGCCGCCGCGCAUCUCGGGAAGUUGGGCGGCAGAGAGAGAGCUGCGACUGCUGCGACGCUGCCGGUGUUUGCCAGCCUGCGCCGGGGUCGCGCCGCGUCGACGUGGCGCGGGUGCCGAAGGCUGGAGGCCACAGGUGGUCUGAUGGGAAACGCAGACGCAUUGAUGCGGUGGGACGGGUUUCGUUAG